GCAUAACAGCAGAGAAAAAGUGAGCUGGAAAGAAAGUGAAACCGGGAAAGCAGCCCCGCCGCGUCGCGAUCCCUUCCCCGCUGGCCCCGGGCUCGGCCCUUUAGGGGGCUCGGGCGGGCCACACCGAGCAGGGAACAGGACCGCCACCCCCAGGAGACAGACAGCGAAAAGGAGACAGCCGCGUUGCAGACCUUUUUGUUGGACUUACUUGCGGAGGUGGCUGGCGGAUGUGCAGCCAGGGAGGGUCUCGGCUGACGCCACCGCGAAACUGAGCGAAGGGGCGAAGAGGAAGGGGCCGCGCCUGCGUUGCGCGCUAUUUGGGGAGGAGGGCGGGCCAGCCAGGCACUUGCUGCUGAAGCGGACGGGCCGUCCGGUCUUGGUCCCGGACUGCUUCCCCGAGUCCCCCCAAGGAGAGGAAAAGAGGAAGCAAGCAGGGAAGCAAGGUCACGAGCUGCCGGUGUGCUGCUGCCAUGCAGACCUUGUUUCAAUGCUUCUGGAGGCUGAGGCCGCCUUUGACGCUGCUUCAUCAAGCCAAGAGACACCUGGCCUCUCAGAUCAUCUCGCACUACGAAGUGAUAAACCGGGGCGAAAAGGAGGUGCCCGAGUACUUCAAUUUUGCCAGUGACGUUCUGGACAGGUGGACCCAAGUGGAAAAGGAUGGAAAGAGGCCUCCCAACGGGGCCUUCUGGUGGGUGAGCGACCAGAGGGAAGAGGUGAAGUGGACCUUUGAGGAACUGGGGGUCUUAUCCCGGAAAGCUGCCAACGUGCUCCUUGACCCGUGUAGCUUGCAAAGAGGCAACCGGAUCUUGGUGGUUCUGCCCAAGAUUCCGGAGUGGUGGUUACUGAACGUGGCUUGCAUGCGGACAGGCAUUGUUAUCAUUCCAGGGACGCCCCAAUUAACAGCUAAAGACAUUUCCUACAGACUCCAUGCUUCGAAAGCCAAAUGCAUUGUCGUCAGCGAUGCAUUGGCCCCAGCAGUGGACUCGGUCGUGCCUGAAUGCAAGUUUCUGAAAACCAAGCUACUGGUGUCCGACAGCGGCAGAGAUGGCUGGCUGAACUUCAAGGACCUGCUGCAAGCAGCACCUGCCGACCAUGACUGCUUGAAGACAAAGAGUAACGACACCCUAGCCAUCUACUUUACAAGUGGAACCACAGGAACUCCCAAAAUGGUGGAACAUUCACACUGCUCUCACGGCAUUGGAUUCGUAUGCACAGGCAGGCGCUUCAUGGAUUUGACUCCUUCAUCCAUAUUCUGGAAUACAUCAGAUCCAGGAUGGGUGAAGACGACCUGGAGUGGUGUGUUUUGUCCAUGGAUUUAUGGCGCCUGUGUCUUUGUACAUCGCCUCCCACUGUUUGAUCCCACUAUCGUACUAAAUACUCUCACCCAGUACCCAGUCACCACUUUCUGCACAGCUCCAACCGGAUUCCGUAUGUUGAUACAGCAUGAUCUCACCAGGUACAAAUUCAUGACCCUGAAGCACUGUGUGACUGGAGGGGAACCGCUCAACCCAGAAGUGUUGGAGCGAUGGAAGGCUCAGACGGGUCUGGAUAUCUAUGAAGGCUAUGGACAAACCGAAACAGUAGCAAUAUGUACGAAUGUUAAAUGGAUGAAAAUCAAACCGGGCUCAUUGGGAGUAGCAUCUCCACCAUAUGAUGUCCAGAUUAUAGAUGACAAAGGCAAUGUUCAGCCCCCAGGGAAAGAAGGGGACCUUGCUAUCAGAAUCAAACCUAAUCGACCUUUCUGUCUUUUCUCAUGCUACUUAGAUAACCCUGAGAAAACAGCAGCCAGUGAGCGUGGAGAUUUUUAUGUCACCGGAGACAGAGCGAUGAAGGAUGAAGAAGGCUACUUCUGGUUUGUCGGGAGGUCGGAUGAUCUGAUUAAUUCUGCUGGGUAUCGUAUUGGCCCAUUUGAAGUGGAAAGUGCCUUGAUCGAGCACCCGGCCGUCAUUGAAUCGGCUGUGGUCAGCAGUCCAGAUCCCGUCAGAGGAGAGGUGGUGAAAGCCUUUGUCAUCUUGUCUCCUGACUUUUUAUCACAUGAUCCAGAAAAAUUAAUCAAGGAACUCCAGGAUCAUGUGAAAAAGGUGACUGCUCCUUACAAGUAUCCUAGAAAGGUUGAAUUUGUCCGGGAGUUGCCGAAGACAGUUGCGGGGAAAAUUCGAAGGAACAUAUUGAGGGACAAAGAAUGGGGAAGAGUGUAGCCUUGGCCGAACCUUUGCAAGUGAAGAACCUUCCUGCAAUCUUCCUGUUUGUUGUUCCGAUGGGAGAGUUUCCCCAUCUUGCCUGCUUCCCUACUUACUCUGUUGGUUAGAUCUGAUAUGCCAAGCAAAGAGAUUCACGCAAGAAUUGUACUUUACCCUAAGGGUGCUUCCAAAAUUCUCAUCUGAUUUUUCUCCCUAAAUUUUGGACUUCUGAUUUACCUGACCUUGUUUCCAAAGUGGAACCACGAUGCAUCAGGAAUUUUCCAUCGUUCUGAUUUUUUAACUAUUAUUGUUUCUAAUUAAGAUGGGGACUUAAUUAGUGUGGCAUAGUGAGAGCCAGUGUGGUGUAGUGGUUAAGGUGUUGGACUACGACCUGGGAGACCAGGGUUUGAAUCCCCACACAGCCAUGAAGCUCACUGGGCGACCUUGGGCCAGUCACUGCCUCUCAGCCUCAUGAAAACCCUAUUCAUAGGGUCGCCAUAAGUCAGAAUUGACUUGAAGGCAGUCCUUUUUUUUUUUAAGAUGGGGAAACGUGUGGCCCUUCAGAUGAUGAUGUUGCACUCUAACUUUCAUCAGCUCCAGCCCAGAGGGAUAGUGGAAGUUGGAGUCCAACAACAUCUGAGGGCCACGAUGCCCCACCCCUGUGGUAGAGAGAGUGGCGCACUUGUAGUUUGCCACAGCUUACAGGCCGUCAUAUAUUUCCCCUCUCUUCGUAACUGAUAAAACAUUGCCCAAAGCAUGGUUGAUGUGAUUGGACAUACAAUUGCACCAAGAGUUUUGAUGGGGAGGGCCAUCGCUCAGUGGUAAGGCAUAUGUUUUGCAUGCAGAAGGUCAGGUUCAGGCCCCAUCAUCUCCAAGUAGGACUAGGAACAGGCCCUUGUCUCAAACCCUGGAGCUGCUGCCAGUCAGUGUUGACUAGGGCUGGAGAACCUGUGGUCCUCCAGAUGAUGUUUAUGGACUUCAUCUCCCAUCAGCCAAAACCAGCAUGGCCAAUGGUCAGGGAUGAUGGGAGGUGGAGUCCAACAAAUAUAUGGACGGUCACAAAUUCUCCAUCACUGCUGUAAACUUAAGUCAGAAAGUGAGUGCAAUGAGGCCAACCUCUCCUGUGCCAAGUACCUUUCUAUACACUGAAGUCAUAACAGCUGCUGGGGGAGGGGAGGGGAGUUGUUAAAAUGUGCUACAAAUAUUGAUCAGUGCAAGGAAGGUGCGCUAUCUUAGAGGUAUUAGCAGGGCAAAGAAUAAAAUGAGAAAAAAUUAUGAGUUUGUGGUAGGGAUGGAAAGAUCUGUCAAUUUCUGUUCUCUCAGUUUCUCAUUUUUCCAAUCUUAAAUCCAGUUCUCCGCAUUUCUGUAGCAAUUUGCUGGUUUUUUUUAAUCAUCAUGAAAAUUCUUCAGCCUCAGUAUGAAUUUCUUCUAAUGAACACAUUUUUGUUUGCGGUUUUGACUAACGUACAUGUUUUUGCAAGCAAUUUAUCCAAAUAUAAUGCAUUUGUGGAUGUUA